AUGGGGGUAACAAUCAAGGAUCAGACGGAAGACACGAUCGGGGAGUACAUCAGGCUCGCGGGCUCUUCUUCGCAGAAAGACAGACGCAAGGGCCUCGAAUCGAUUGGGGACUACUUCAUCAAUAAAGAGGAUCAAGUUGCUCAGGAAGACCUCGUGAAACUCGCUCUCUUCGUCAGAGGGGCCGUGUAUACGUAUUUCGACGCCGCGUCGCGAGAUUUGCUUCUAGAUACCGUCCGACUAUGUGCGACGAAGUCCUCGAAGUGCGUCAUCGUUUUGACGAAAACACUGCAAACCACGUCAAAAGGAGCAAACGGACAUGUCGCUCCGAAAUCAGGGAAAACCGCCGUUUUAUCCCUCCGACUCACGCUGGCCUUACUCGAAGUCGUUCCAACCGAGAAUGAAUGCCACGACCCCCUGAACAAAUGCGUGGCUCAACUCCUGGUUUGGGUCUCGAAAGCAGGGCGCAAGAAUUUCAUCUCACCGGUUUAUCGAAAUUUUUCCGCGUACUUGAAGCGGGUUUCCGUGGAGUCUUACGUUACGGUGCUGGACCGUAUCGGCUUGCCUGCGGACGAGCAGAUGGUCGUGUGGAACUUCGUUUACCAUCAUCUAUCCGCUUGGUCUGAGGGUUCAAUACUUGCGGAUAAGCUCAAGCCUAAAACUCUUGAAACGUUGACGUCCCUGCUCGCGGCAAGAACGGGCGUGCCGACCUGGGUCUCAACGAGCUGGUCAUUCGUUCUGGAGAGGUACACCAUUGAGGAUUUCAAAGGAUCUAUCAUGCCCCCUCUGCACCGACAAAUGCUGCGAGGUCCCGAGGUUAUGAUCGGAAGCAUGUCGGAUAUAUUCUCCGCGCUAUCGAUCGACCUCAGUGCCGAAGUGGUGAUGCUGAGCAAGAUGUGCGGAUCGUCCGUGGUGUCUCAGGACGAGGCGAUUCAGGCUGCAGGACGCAGCGCUCUCCUGUCUCUCGCGAAAAGAUGUCCUGCCCCCAUCGCGGCUGGCACAAUCAUAUCUUACUUGUUAGCUGUCCUUGGGGGUGUAGAAGGCAAGCUCUCCACGGUCGCACAGAAGUUAUCGGUCGUGACAUGUCUCAGACAGGUCAGAGAUCUUCUGCCGGAAAAAGUCGCGCGCGACUCGAAUCUCGUGUCCGCCGUCAUCGUCGGAAUGAAUCCCGUCCUCAAAAAUGAAGUUAGCGAACAAGUGAUCCUCGAGAUUCUGGCCACAAUCGCUGUGUGGUGCUCGAAAGUCACUGUUGUGCCGAAGGAGUUGGACUGCUUGAUCGAGUCGGGAAUCACGCUGAAGACCUCAAAUACAACAAUUCAAGUCGCCUACUUCAAUUGUUAUCUGUCAGCUCUCACGAAUGCUGCGCCGAAGGAUAGACCGAAAUUCGUGAAAACCCUCGAGGACCAUCUGAGAAUCUCGCAAACGAAGGCAGGGGCGGCUGCCAGCUAUCCCCUCUACCUUGUGGCGACGUGCAUCCUUUUCAAACUCGCAGCCAGAGUCCAACCAAAUGAGGAAACACUCAAGAUGCUAGUCCAGACAACGACAUCGGCGGAUAGCUUGCCUUUUUUGAAUGACAAAUAUUGGUCGACGGUCAACAACUCGGUGCUCGAAUCGAUCGGAUUGGAACUUGUCGAAUUGCUGACGGUGGAUAAUCCUGUGGGAGUCUGCGCACCGUUCGAAGCGUGUACGUCUGUGAUCUUGAGAAGCCUGACUGACGCCCAACGCCAUCUGCGGGCAAAAGCGACCAGCGUGGUCAAAAGAAUCUGCGCUCCCCGGGAAUCGUCCAAAUUCGAUGGGGUCGAAUUCGCCCUGUACCUUCUCAAUCAGAUCGAUCUCGUCGUCAAAGAGCCGACGGCACCACAGGCCAUUGUGGCAAUCGCCGUGAACGAAGCUUUCAGUGAAGCUCAAAGUUUGCGUCUCGUCCAAGAGGCGAUCGUUCCGAUCCACUCGGUUUCGGUGAACGUGUGGCCGAAAAUACUCGAGCUUCAGCAAGUUCCUCUGGGGAAGAUCGACGUAGAGGAGCUACAGAAGACUCUGCUCACGCCGAGCGAGACCAUCGACGAAAAACGACUGCGUUGCCUCUCGUCGCUCGCCAGUUUCUUCCCCGAGAAAGUUUUCCCGAACGUUGCGAAUUUCUUCAGGGAGAGUAUUAGUGAUCCUGUUAUUCUGCAAGUCACCGAAGUAGAAGUACAGACCUUCAACGCUCCCGAAGAUGAAGUUUUCGACAAAACUUGCAUCGGGGAAGCCCGCGAGGUCCCUGAGAGAAAUAUUAAACGCGAGAGCAAAGCCUAUUCUUACGAAGAUCAGAUGUUCGAACUCGAGCUGAAGAGAAUCAGCGAUAAGAAAAAAGGAGUCACGCUGACGCCAAAGCAGAAAGAAGCGUUGGCGGUACAGCUGCAGAAGGAAACCGUCAUCCGUAAAAGACUCGGUGAGCUCAACGUAAAGGUCACCAACGCAAAAAGCGUUCUGAUGUCCUUGUUGACGUGCGACCUCCCGAAAGAAUUGAUCAUGUUGCACCUAGCUCCGCAAACGACGACGCUGGUUCAACAAAUCCAAAACUUGUUAUGUUCCCACUUGGCGGCGAACCCAAUGGCGGAUUUGCUUUACGAACUCAUCAAUCUAUCGGCUCCACAACGAUAUCUCGGUCUGAGUGUUUUCUACGCGAAUUUACGAGUCAAACGAGACAUCAAAGCCCAUAUCGAUCGGGACUGGAAGGAAGAGCCCCUGAGUCAGACCCUUCAACGAACCGUUCAAGAGCUGCACACCUUCGUCGUCGGGGAGCGGAACGACGAAUACCACGAGGUGAUGGCUAAUGAAAUCGCCGAACAACUUCAGAAAGUCAACUCCCUGUUCUUCAACCUCAUGUUCCCGAUGUUGUCCGAAGUGCUCCAGAUGAGCGUCAACGAGGACACCAGUCGCUUGGCUCUGGAACUAAUCCAGUGCUAUUAUAUCCAGGAUUACGACGUUGAUGAUGAUUCCACAGCCCUGUGCAAUCCUAGUCAUUUAUGCUCGGCCGAAGUGAUAUACACCCUCCUGGUUAUGGGUCAGAACUCCUCGUUGCGUCAUGAGGUCGAGAUCGCCAUCUCGGGAGUCUGCAAAUCCCUCUCCAUUUUCCCCCCGAGCUUGGACGUGGUCGACGGCAUUCUCGAGCUACUCUACUGCCCAAACGAAUUCGUACGGAAAAUGUGCUUCAAGGCUCUUCAAGCGCUCCAUUCGAACGGGAACAAGACCUCUGGCCGCGCGUUGGACGCCGUUGCCAAGAGCACGUGGAUGUUCAAGUGCGACCCCGAUGAGAUGGUUCGACUCGAAGCCGAGAUCCUCUGGAAGACGUUGGAGUUUGAAGCCUCGAAAGAACUGUCCGACCUCCUCGUGAGCGGCGCGGUCAAAUCCCAGAGCCACGCUCGUCUUGCUGCCGGCAAAGCCUUGUCGCUGCUGACAGCCAUCCACCCGGAUCUGAUCGGAUCCAUAGUGGCCGGUCUCGCUGAGCAGUACCAAGUGCUCAUGUUGGACUCGGAGCCGCAACGGGAUCAGUUCGGACGACUGAUCGAUGCCAACUGGGUCGAUCGAUGGUACUCCCGUUGGGGCGUGGCGCACGCCAUAAGGAGCAUGGCACCCAACAUCGUCGACCAGCAGCUAGUCAUCAACGUCUUCAAGUUCUUGAUUCCGGUAGGACUCGGUGAUCCGAACUCGAAAGUGGGCGCCGAAAUGCUCGACGCUGGUUUGGCCAUCGUCGAUGCCGCCGGCAAGAACAGCGUUUCCCCUUUGUUGGCCCUCAUCGACGCGUAUUUGAAGAGCGCCGAGCAGACCCCGACCGCCGAUAAGGUUAGACAGAGUGUGGUCAUUCUGAUGGGAGCCCUGGCUAAACAUCUCGACAAAAACGACGAUCGGGUCAAACCAAUCGUUCGACGAUUAUUGGAACUCCUCACAGUUCCCUCGCAGUCGGUUCAAGAGGCGGUCAGUUCCUGCCUCCCUCCGCUGGCUCCAGCCGUGAGGGGACAAGCUCUCGGACUUAUUAACAAUCUCAUGUCGGUCCUCCUCAAUUCAGAGAACUACGGAGAGAGACGCGGGGCCGCCUACGGACUCGCGGGUCUCGUCAAAGGCCUGGGAAUUCUAUCUCUGAAGCAGAUGGAGAUCAUGCAGAAGCUCACCGACGCCAUUCAGGAUAAGAAGAACGUACGCAAGAAAGAAGGAGCGCUGUUCGCCUUCGAGAUUCUCUGUAACGUGCUCGGCAAACUCUUCGAACCCUACAUAGUCCAUAUCCUGGGUCAUCUGCUGGCCUGCUACGGCGACUCCAAUCAGUACGUACGUGAAGCGACCGAAGCCACCGCCAAAGCCAUCAUGAGACACCUGACGGGCCACGGGGUCAAAAUGACGCUCCCGAUUCUCCUCGAAGCCCUCGAAGACGACUCCUGGCGAACGAAGUGCGGUGCCGUCGAACUCCUCGGUAGCAUGGCCUACUGUGCUCCGAAGCAGUUGAGCACGUGCUUGCCCACGGUCGUUCCGAAACUGAUCCAGGUACUGUCGGACUCGCAUGUCAAGGUCCAACAAGCGGGAGCUCAGGCGUUGUCCCAAAUCGGUCAGGUAAUCAAGAACCCCGAGAUCCAAGCCAUCGUCGCGACCCUGCUCGAGGCCCUGCAGGAUCCGUCGAACCGGACACAGUCGUCCCUCAACACGUUGCUGGAAACGAGAUUCGUUCAUUUCAUCGACGCUCCGUCCCUCGCUCUCAUCAUGCCCGUCAUCCAGAGGGCCUUCCAGGACCGGUCGACCGAAACCCGGAAAAUGGCGGCCCAGAUCAUCGGUAACAUGUAUUCCCUCACUGACCAAAAAGAUCUCAUGCCCUACUACCCGUCGAUUCUGCCUGGUUUGAAGACAUGCCUACUGGACCCCGUGCCCGAAGUUCGAACCGUCUCGGCCCGAGCUCUAGGUACGAUAAUCAAGGGAACCGGCGAGCAAUGCUUCGACAAUCUGGUUCCCUGGCUGAUGGAGACUCUCACGUCGGAAGCCUCGCCGGUAGACCGUUCAGGAGCUGCGCAGGGCUUGGCCGAAGUCAUCGGGGGCAUGGGCGUCCAACGUCUCCACGUCGUCAUGCCAGAGCUGAUCCAAUCGGCCGAACGCGCCGACCUCGAACCCCACUUCCGCGACGGAUACCUCAUGAUGUUCAUUUAUCUGCCGUUGGUCUUCCAAAAGGAAUUCACCCCCUACAUCGCCCAGAUAAUCAACCCAAUCCUUCAGGGACUCGCCGACGAAACUGAAUUCGUGCGGGACACAGCUCUCCUGGCGGGCCAGCGGAUCGUGGCCAUGUACGCCGAGACGGCAAUUCAGUUGCUCCUGCCCGAACUGGAGAAAGGUCUCUUCGAUGAUAACUGGAGGAUCCGCUUGAGUUCCGUGCAGCUGAUCGGCGACCUUCUCUACAAGAUCUCGGGCGUUUCGGGCAAAAUGACCACGGAAACGGCCGACGAAGACGACAACUUUGGAACAGAACAGUCGCACACGGCCAUUUCCGGCGCUCUCGGCGCCGGAAGAAUGAACAGACUGUUCUCGGGACUGUACAUGGGACGGAUGGACACGUCGCUCAUGGUGAGACAGGCCUCCAUUCACGUGUGGAAGGUGGUCGUCUCGAACACACCGAGAACUCUCCGGGAGAUCCUGCCGACGAUGUUCGCGCUCCUGCUCGGAUUCCUGGCGAGUAACUCCCACGACAAGCAGCAAAUCGCCGCCAAGACACUCGGCGAUCUCGUUCGCAAACUCGGCGAACGAGUCCUCCCGGAGAUCAUGCCGAUUCUCGAGCGCGGGCUCGACUCUGACGACGCGGAUCAGCGGCAAGGCGUUUGCAUCGGGCUGAGCGAGAUCGUCGCGUGCACCCCGCGCGCGAUGGUUCUCCAUUUCCUCGACAAUCUCGUCCCGACGGUGAGGAAAGCGCUCUGUGAUCCUCUCAGAGAGGUCCGCUGCGCCGCGGCCAAGACCUUCGACAGUCUCCACACGGCCGUCGGUCCUCGCGCCCUCGAGGAGAUCAUCACGCCGCUCUUCGACAAUAUCGAGAGCGAAGAUCGCGUCCUCGCCGAAAACACCCUCGACGGUCUCAGACAGGUGAUGAUGUUGAGAUCCCGGUACAUGUUGCCGCAUCUCGUGCCGCAACUCACCAAGCCACCUGUCAACACGAAAGCCCUCUCGUACAUUUUCUCCGUGGCGCAAGGCGACGCGCUCGUGAAUUAUUUCCCGCGGAUUCUCGACGCUCUGCUUCUGGCGUUCUCCGGGGCCCUCGACACACCGCAAGAGGUUGAGGAGCUCGGCUAUUGCCGAUCGGUCGUCCUGUCGACGACGGACGCCGAAUGCAUUCAGGUGAUCGUGGAGACGCUUCUCGCGGCUAGCAGGACCAGCGAUCCGCGCAUGAAGAGAGCCUGCGUGGCGAUCCUCUGCGCGUUCUGCACGAACACCAAGGCCUCGCUCGAGAAGCAUUUCGUCAUCCUCAUGAAGGACCUGAUCCGGCUCUACCUCGACAAGGACCCCAACAUCCUCACUCUAUCUAGCGAAGCCUUGCUGGCAGUCGUAAAGCAGAUAAGAAUGAGCGAAGAGGCCAAUUACGUCAUGGAGAUCCGGAGCGCCGUCAGAAGCGCGUCGUCGUCGAUGCGGAAAGACGAGCUGCACCUGCCCGGCCUGUGUACGGUCAAAGGCGCCGAGCCGAUAAUUUUCAUCUACAAAGAAGCCCUGCUCAACUGCAGUCCAGAACUCAAAGAGGCAGCUGCCGUCGGUCUCGGCGAGCUGAUAAAGCUCACAGAACCGAAAAGCCUCUCGCACAAGUAUGUCAGUAAUUUCACGGGACCACUGAUCCGAGUUUUGGGCGACCGUUACGCUCACACCGUGAAAACGGCCGUUCUCCAUACUCUGACCGUUGUUCUGAACAAAGUCGAUACGCAACUCAAACCUUUCCUGCCGCAACUUUAUUCCACUUUCAAUCGAGCGCUGUCCGACGCUCACAGAAACGUCCGGCUUCACGGUGCCGUGGCUCUGGGUUGUCUGACGAAAAUCUACCCAAAACCGGCGACCAUAGUCCAGGAGCUGCAUAAUCAGGUGAAAACUGUGGACGAUCCGGCUAUCCGAGAGACGAUGCUCUAUGCCUUGAGAUGCGUGUUAGUCAAGAUAUGCUCCUCGAACCCUACGGCCAUCGCGGAUACAAUCCGUAGGGCCUUGGUGUCUACGCUGUCGCAAUACGGGACCUCGAGUGAGGACGCCUGCCGACGACAAGCGGCUGCCUGUCUGGGAGCUCUCUGUGGGGCUCUUCCUCCGGAGGAACUAAACACAAUAACAUCCAGUUACGUCUUCGAUACGUCACCCGCUUCGGAUUGGACAACGAGCCACUUCAGGGCUGUCAGCAUCCAGAUCCUCCUAAAGGAAUUCCCGCAGACAGUCGUGCCGAAAUAUCUUGCUGCAAUCGAAUCAAGUCUCAUCACGCUCCUGGCAUCUGACAAGCCGGUCAUUGCCGAAAGUAGUCUGCGCGCAUGCGGAUAUCUUCUUCUAUUCUGUUCGUCGUCCGGAAACACCUUCCCGACUCAGCUGUUGACGAAUUUCGCGAAGACAAUCAAUCACAACUUGACAGAAAUCAAGCAGCUGAUGGGCGUUGUGGUACAUUAUGUCUGCUCCCAUGCCCAGGUGCCCGUUUGUACAGCCAAGGUCUUGGUUCCGCAGCUUGUCAAUGGAACGAAGGAGAAAAAUACUGUGGUGAGGGCCAAUUGUGAAUUCGCCCUGAUUGCAAUGUUGGGGAUGACUGGCGCCCAUGACGAAACGAAGACACCUUAUCUGAAAGACUUGGAGUCGACUCUCGAAGGAGGCUCACGGGAAGUUCUGCUGGAUGUCUACCAGAAAACCUUGAUUCGAACUGCUCAGAAGAACGGGGGCGCUCCACAAGCCGAGGACAUCGAUGAUACCUUGCUGAUGUAAAUCUGAACCGCACAGAGAGCAUAAAGUGUGGGGAAUAAUUGAAGUCAGAACCUGUGAAUAAAUGUUCUAAUUGU